AUGGCCUUGCCCGCGUUGCAGCAGAACCCAGGCUCCCUGGGGUUUUCGUCAGAUCCAACGCAGCGAGAAGUGCUAGCCGCAACACGACGAGCCCACACGCCAAAGCGACGCCCCGAAGACGCUCGACGACCAGCAGGAGCCCGCCGCCAGUCGCUGCGCCGCGUGAAGGACUCCAAGGAACAGCUGCGGGCAAACCGAUCGCGGGGGGUCAGCAACGCGACCGUCGAGUCCUCGACGACGAGCACCACCGCCGGCCGCUCGUUCACCGUCGCGAACAUCAACAACGGCAUCAUCUACCUCAGACCCGUCGUCCGCCCCGGCAACCAGCGCACUCGGCCCUCGCCAGAUCCCUUCGUCUUCCCCCAGACUCCGCCGGACAGCGCCACGCUCGACUCGAGCACACUGCGACCGCCGAGCAAUGACUGGGAACAGAGCUUGUACGGCUCGAGGACACCCACCCGGACCGAGAUUGCGCGCGCUGUGCCGGAGGAAGUGAAGACGGACGAUGGUAUCGGUUUGCAGCGGCCGCCGACUUCUGACUCGCCGCCUCGGCCAGCUGCGCACAUUCGCUCGCGCUCCUUCUCGACCGCCGACGAGCACACCGCGUCCUCGCAUAGCGUGGAGCCGGGGACGUUCAAGGUGGUGAUUGAGAGACCGCCAUUCGGACGCCCCAAGACGGCCGACACCGGAUCCUUCCCCAUCCUCGAAGUGCCCAUUCCCCACUACCGCUUGGGCACACCCCGUUUCAGCGACCGCGGCACUGCCAUUCUGCGCAGCUCCGUGUACACUCGCGCGUCGGGCACCGAGGAUUUCAGGUCGUCCUUCCUAACUCCGCAGCGCGCGACCCACUCAUUCCUCUCGUCCCGACCCCGUUCCGACGUCUACUCGCCUAUCUCGCUCAACUUCCGCACCACCAUGGAUCGCGGCCCCCUCCAGCCGCCCAGCGCGCCCUCUUCUGCCCGCGUAUCCAAACUACCAAUUGGGCCACAGAUUUAUGACGCGCUUACUGCUAAUCCGGAUGAUCGGGCUGUUGUCCGCUUCUCAUCCUCUGGAGAUAUCCUCGCGGCCACCCCGUCGCGCCUCGUUGCCCACAUAACAUCGCCCAGUUUCCUGGACUAUGAGCUGCUGUCAGACUUCUUCCUUACCUUUCGUUCAUUCCUCUCCAGUCGAGACCUAGUGGCAUAUCUCAUCUCUCGUCUACGGUGGGCGGUCAACAGACAAGAUGACUUUGGGCGUAUUGUACGCGUGCGCACAUUUGUGGCUCUUCGACACUGGAUAUUGAACUACUUCGUGGACGAUUUUGUGCCCGUGUAUCGGCUGCGCGUGUACUUCUGCGAGCUUGUCAACAGCCUCCAUAAGGACCUCAGAGCUCGUGAAGAUAGCGGGGGAGGAGAUAUCAAGAUCGUUGGGGAGUUGAAAAAGUGCUGGCGACGUACGUGCGCCUUAUACUGGGAUACAGAAGAAGGUUUUGGGAAAGAUUCAACGGAUGAAGAGCUGCUCCCCGGUGGACAGGUCGAAUCGCAGGCCUCUCUCGACGAUGCUGCUCAGCAGCUGCCGGUACCCGCGACGCCACCACGCCAGACUGCCCGUAGUGCCAAAGUGGAUACCAUUGGAUCAAACCCGAGCGAUCAAUUCGCCAGCAAACAUAUGGACUGGGCCCAGAAGGUCCGCCAUACACCUCAGAAUUCAAUGAGCUCGCCUUAUAUACCCUCUCAGGAAUAUGAGGGCAUUCAGGUGCCCCUGUCGCCAGCGAGCGAGAACAGUAUGCCCGUCUUGUCUUGUUCCAUUCCGAUGCGGAGUCUGAACAGAGCAGAGCAAGCUCACGAUAUGCCCCUGUAUCCACACCCUGUGCCGCAUCCGGUGCCUGCUGGGCCUCAGCGUUUUGCUGCAAGCCCACAGCAACCCACGUCAAUCAAGAAACCGAAUCGACCAUCUCACGCUCAUAAACGGAGCGGAAGUUUCUCCGAUGCUUUGAGGGACAAUAGGGCGCCUUUGUCUCUCCCAAAGAACGCGCCAUCGGACGCUGCCAUCUCGGCGAUAUCGAAAAUGCCGGGGAGUCUGGUGCGGGGAGCGCUCUUCCAGCCCAGCUCACCGUAUAUCGACUUUAAGAAUGGUGGCCUGCGGCAUACAAGAUCGCACCUAGAGCUGGCAUCUGUGGACGCGUCCGGUCAGGACCAGGUCAGAGGACAAUAUGGGACUAACCCAGGGAUGAAAAAGCUCUUUGGCAGCGUGCGUCGCGCAUUAAGCAGCAAACAACCAUCUGCUUCCACUCCACAUCUUCCUAGCGCUGCGCACCAUCACCACGCGGUGCCGUCUACUCGGUCAUCCAACCCUGCCACCAUCUCAACAGUGUCCGGGGGCGUACACAAGCGGCGAUAUGCUCGGCCGCGACCCCAAGUGCGAAUCGACAUUCUGGCAUCGAAGGUCGCGGACAGCUACAGAGAGGCCGUCAAAGAGCAAUUUAAAAACGAGCAGCACCACCAUAGUGCAAUGCCUAGCCUCGGAGAGUUUGAGUUCGAUUUUGAGAAGCACAAUUCAGCCGCCAACGAAGAACAAAGAAAGACGUUCGAUGAUGCAGACUUCCGGUUCCAUAGUGGCAUCACCGCUAGCAGUCAGUCGAUUGUGAUCAUGGAUGAUACGGGCGCCCCGCCACUCCCAUUGAUGUCAGGCGCUCUACCGAGCCCUGAACAGGAGCGUGAUCUCAAUAACCCGCAGAUAGAUCCUGUGCCGAAGAGUACCUCUAUCGAUGCAAGACUAGCUGAAGAGAAGGUGCCGGCUACUCGACAUUCUGAUCUAUAUGACGAUCCUGAGCCUGAGCCUGAGCCUGAGCCAGAGCCUUCUCUGGACUGGGGAAGGACUUCACACCGUUCCGUUCAACGCUCAAUUGCCACCCAAAGGAGAUCACUGUCUGAAGGCCGAGAGCGGGAACAAAUGCAUUCGUUCCGGCGCCGCGGCUCGACAAAGGUGUCAAUGUCUCGUUCGGGGUCCCUGAGACGCCAUGCAUCCUAUAAUAGCGGGCUCAGCAGACACCAGGGAGGCACAAGUUUCGCGACCUUCCAAACCAUGUCGUCCGAUAAUGAUCCAUUUUUCCUGGAUAGACAUCCGACUUCAGCUCCCGGCCCCGCCCGUCAGCUGCGUCGACGCCCAGGGGGCGAUCUUCGUGCUGUCGAUAAUGUUCACGACCUGGAGUACAUGCAGCGUCCACACUCUACCGGAUCUGUCUCCAAUCGUACACAUUCAAUCGCCAACUCGGUCAUCCUACACGCCGAUCGAUAUGUGGAGCCAUCGAAAGAAGCCGACAAUCCUGCCGGUGAAGAGAAGAGCGAGGAGGACGCGCGGAGCAAGAAACCCAUUUCUUUAGUGGAUACGCACUCUUCUCAGCCCAACCUGAGGCCUUCGUUCGAAGUCGAGGUGGCUAAGCUUGCUGCGCUGCCAGAUGACACCGACGACGACGGAGGUAUUGAGUCCGCCCUGAUGAAGCUAGAGGGGCGAUAUGAAAAGAAGUCCCCUGAUCUAUCCAAAACAGACCCCGACCCUUCUCCGCGGGUGACUCUCGAACCGGAGGUGUACUCACCUAUCGGAGCACCUAUCGCAUCCUCCAACCCAUCUUGGAUUCCAUCCGAAUACAACUCUUCGCAGACUCGAAGUUAUGCGAAAACCGAUGACGUUUUCUAUAGGCCGCUCGCACCUCCGGAAGCCGAAGGUCAGGGCAUGUAUCGCCUUUCAGGAGAGAACUUCAAUCGUCGCGUGCCUGCGGUCAACUCUGCUGUUGAGUCGGAAGAUUCAUAUUCUUCCAUCCCACUUCUUGAUCGCGGUCUCAGCGACGUUACGACUUCACAGCGUGCGCACACCUUAGAGACGAUGAGAUCAUCUGCAAAGCCUGCGCCACUCAAACCCAACACCCCACCUGUGCGACAGAACGAGCAAGCGGCGGCGCAAGUGACAUCCGCAAACUCAUCGAUUGAAUAUGUGAUCGAAACGGACAGUAUGAAGAGGAUACCGAGAGAUGGUACCAUGCCAAGAUCAUCAAUCCCUCGCGAAUCAUUCCUGCUUGAUGACGACGAAGACCUCAGCGACAUGGAAUCCGCCAGGCGGACCAGAUCCGACGAUAGCAGUCACGGCGUACGAAGCUUCUUCGACGAUGAACCAACGACGGACGAGAAUGAAAAGGAUAUGUUGCCGACGCAUCCAAUGCGUCAUCCGCCAACACCGCCUCUCACCGGAAACCGCUUGAACGACCCAUUACCGCAUGUCGAUACAACUGUCUUUGAUAGGGGCUUGCCCACUCCAGGUCUUACGCCGACGUCUCGCUUGAACAAUCAACCGUUCGGCCAGACCAGCCAGCCAGUGGAGCCUGCUAUCGAGCUGCAAGAGCUCAAGAAGGAGAAAAGCCCAUCGACACCAGCACAUCUACCCUUCGUCCUCGCUUACGACUCCGAGACUCUUGCCCAACAGUUUACGAUCGUCGAGAAAGACGCUCUCGAUGAGAUAGAUUGGAGAGAGCUUAUCGAACUUCGAUGGAAGCAAUCAUCUCCACAGAUCCGUGACUGGGUCCAGUAUCUCCGCACGCAAGAAGCGAGAGGUGUUGAUGUUGUCAUCGCGCGAUUCAAUCUGGUCGUCAAAUGGGCCGUAUCCGAAUGCGUCCUCACCGAGUGCACUGAAGAGAGAGCCCGUUGCAUCGUCAAAUACAUCCACAUCGCAGCUCACGCACGCCGAUUAAGGAACUACGCGACAAUGUAUCAGAUCACGAUCGCUCUCCUCUCCAAUGACGUCUCCCGGCUCAGGAAAACGUGGGCUUUGGUCCCUGCAGCAGAGAUGCAGACCAUGAGAGAGUUGGAAGCACUCGUCCAGCCCCUACGUAACUUUCACAAUUUACGCGUCGAGAUGGAAACGGCGACCACGGAGGACGGUUGCAUCCCAUUUAUUGGCAUUUACACGCGCGAUCUGAUUUACAAUGCCCAAAAGCCUGCAUUCAUCGAUGCUCCACCCGUAGAUGGAGAACGACUGGUCAAUUUCGAACGACAUCACACUGCUGCCAUGAUUGUCAAAAGCCUUUUGCGCCUCCUCGAGGCUAGUUCGAAGUACAAUUUCAAGGCCGAACCGAACAUCAUCAGCAAAUGCUUAUGGCUAGCCGCGCUGAGCGAUGCGGAGAUCACGAAGCUCAGCCGGCAGUACGAAUAA